CACUGAAAGCAGCAAGGAGACGGUGUGCUCAGCAUCACUCAUCCGGAGGAAGAGUGUAGGGAGAUAUUUGGUACCUCGCAGCCAAUUGGAGGAGAGGUGACACUGACAGUGGGGUGCUUUCUGCUCCUCUCUCCACCCAUCCUCCAUAACACCCCCCUCCCUGUCAUCCCCACCACCGCCAUCCUCCUCACACACAAAAGCAGUGCAAUUAGCUGAUUUAAGAGACCGAGGCUUAGCCAGCUGCAAGAGGAAAAUAAUAAUAAAAUACCUUGGAGGGGAGGGAGGCAGCAGAGGAAGCAGCAGCCAUGGAAGAAUACAAAUAACUGCCCUCAAUUCCACCACCCCCCCCAUCAACAAAAAUCCAAAGCACAAAGCAACAACUGCUGCGAGAAAGGCCGACCUAGAUGCAUCCCCACACUCCUCCGCUGAGAAAACCGCACGUAUCCGCAUCCGGAUCGGGGCGCUGGACCUGCUGAGCAGCCCGGCUCCAUCGGGAGGAAUGCCCGGCUGGGAUACAGGCAGGAUCUGCUUUGUUCCUCGUUAGCCACAAGCAUCGACUGAGCCCUUCCUCGAGGGAACUGCCGCGCAGCCAGCCCCUCUCUGAGCACGAUGGGAACCACAGAAGCCACUUUGCGGAUGGAAAACGUGGAUGUGAAGGAAGAAUGGCAAGACGAGGACUUCCCCAGACCUCUCCCAGAAGAGACAGGGAUGGAGUCGCUGGGCAGCCCUACAGAAGACGAGAAUACAUCCUCUCCCCCAAAUACUUUGAACUUUAAUGGGGCGCAUCGUAAGCGGAAGACACUCGUUGCACCCGAAAUCAACAUUUCCCUGGACCAGAGUGAAGGCUCCAUUCUCUCCGAUGACUUCUUGGACACACCAGAUGACCUCGACAUAAAUGUGGACGAUAUUGAAACUCCUGAUGAGACAGAUUCCCUUGAAUUCCUGGGAAACGGGAACGAACUGGAAUGGGAAGAUGACACUCCUGUAGCCACAGCCAAGAACAUGCCUGGGGACAGCGCAGACCUCUUUGGGGACGGUGGGACAGAAGAUGGGAGUGCUACUAACGGGCGGCUCUGGAGGACUGUCAUCAUUGGAGAGCAGGAGCACCGCAUCGACCUCCAGAUGAUCAAACCCUACAUGAGGGUGGUGACACACGGAGGAUACUACGGAGAAGGUCUCAAUGCCAUCAUUGUCUUUGCUGCCUGCUAUCUGCCCGACAGUAACCUGGCCGAUUACCACUACAUCAUGGAGAACCUCUUCCUGUACGUGAUCAGUAGUCUGGAGCUGCUGGUGGCUGAGGACUAUAUGAUCGUGUACCUAAACGGAGCAACGCCCCGGAGGAGGAUGCCAGGCCUCGGCUGGCUGAAGAAAUGCUAUCAGAUGAUAGACAGAAGGCUGCGUAAAAACCUCAAAGCAUUGAUAAUUGUGCAUCCUUCGUGGUUCAUCCGGACAGUGCUGGCGAUCUCCAGACCCUUUAUCAGUGUGAAGUUUAUCAAUAAGAUCCAGUAUGUUCACAGCCUGGAGGAACUGGAGCAGCUCAUCCCAAUGGAGCACGUACAGAUCCCAGACUGUGUCUUACAAUAUGAAGAAGAGAGGAUCAAGGCCAGAAAAGAAAGGGCAGAAGAGAAACAAGAUGUGGCUGAGAAGGAAAGCAGGCCUGUGCCCCCAGCAGAGGAUCAAGAAACCAGUAUGUCAUGAAUCGAAGCAGAGUGGAAUGAAUGGAGCAGAAGAAUGACGCAGCCUGGCAGUCACCCACGUAAAUGACCUUUUGGUGUAAGACCUUGUCACCAUCUUAUUCCAAGUUCUGUAAGAUCACGGAGCCUGCCUCCCCUGUCUCCAAGAUGCAAAGUCCUUUAAACUUUUUGAAAACAUUUUACUUUAAAAAAAAAAAAAAAGAAACAAAACAACAACAA